AUGCCGACGCGGGACGGGCGGCGGCUGCUGGAGGCGCUGAGCGUGGAGCCGCCCGCGGCCAGAUUGAUGGCGGCCCGCGCCUGCAGCCACCGCGCCGCGACGGGGGACGGCACCAAGAGCUUCGUGCUGCUGCUGGCGGCCGUGCUGGGCGGGCUAAGGGCGGCGGGCGGCGGCGCCGGGUUGCGGCGGGCGCUGCGGGACUUUGAGACUCAAGUGCUGGAGCGGGCGGCGGCGCGGGGGCUGCGGCGGCACCUGCGNCGCGGCUCUGCGCCGAUGUGCCGGCGCUGCGCCCCGGCCGCCGCCGCACGCCCGCAGGUGCUGCGGCUCCUCGGCCGGCGGUUCGCGGAGCUGCACGCCGCCGUGCCCGGCCUGCCCCUGGCGAGCUCCAGGGUUCUGCCCGGCAUCGUCCUCCGGAGGGACUUCGCUGCCUACUGCCCGACGGACGGCGAGCUGCGGGCCCUGCUCGUCACCGAGCCCCUGCGGCCCGCCCUGACGGCCCCCGGUGUCGAGUUUGUUGUAGACUCCGAAGGUCAGUAUCAGGCUUCCCUGCGCUGGAUCACUGCGAGGACAGAAGCCUUAAUGAAACACUUGCAGAGUAACAAUGUUAAGCUGUUACUGUCGAGUGUGAAGCAAGAAGAAAUAGUUAUCUACUAUGCCAAAUUAUAUGGUGUGUCUGUGGUAGAGUGCUUAUCGUCGGAAGAAAUGGCUCUUAUCAGUGAAAUCACUGGUGUCUCCCCUUACGUGCCUUUUGGUGAUAGCAUGGACCGAGAAAUAACCGAAACUGCAGUGGUAACGUUUUGCCAGCCCUUACUGCUCGUCUCCAAGAGAUGUGUCCACAUUGGCUUUGCCAGCGUGUGUGCCUUCCAGCCCCAUUGCCUGAUCCUGUGUGGGCCGGUCGAUGGCGUUAAUGAGCAACAUGCUGCUGCUUUACAAGAGGCCUUCACAAUGCUGCAGCAGCUGUUUAAAACACUUGAUCAGAGGCAGGAAUGGAAAGCGGAUGGUGAAAGCCAGAGCAAAGCCUCAGAUAUUUGCACUUGGCAUUCUCCAGCUACUCAGAAACAACUGGUAAUAGAAAAUAUUUGCAAUAGUAACCAGGUUUCUGAAAGUCAGCUGAAAGCACUUAGUGACGAAACAGAGAGGAAAAAUUUUGACCCUGAUAAAAGUGAUCUGCUGAUCCACAAUCAAAAGAAUUACAGCACUCCUGUGUUAGUGGCACAUAACACUGAUGCAGUCGCUGCCUGUGAGUGCCUGGAUGUUGGCAAAGGUCUAGAGAAAACAUGUUGCCAUAUAGUACCAUUUAAACUGGAGGAGAGUUGUGCAGGUAUUGCACAGGAUUACUCCAACUGCCUCAUAGAAGCAGGAUCAGUUUUGCCAGUAGGAGGUUACUUUGAAAUCCUGUUACAUUAUUAUAUUCAGGAUUAUGCAAAAGAGUGUCAGCAGUCAGAGGUAAUGACUGUUUCUAACGUGGUUGCUGAUGCUUUGCUAAGUAUUCCCAAGGCCUUGUACGGGACAGCAGAACAGGGUGGCUUUACCAAAUUCUAUCUUGAAGCCAUUAAUUUACUCCAAAAAAAUCAGCCACUGCCUGUAAACGAUGAAGGCUUAGAGUCAGUGUAUUGCAAAUACCAGUUAGUCAUUUCAGUUCUUCAUUGUGUUACAGAGCUUCUCUCCAUAGACUUAGUAAUUGGUAUUAGGCGAUUAUUAGGCGAUCCUCAAAAAAUUGAGGAUCGUGACUCAGAAGAUGAUACUUGAAAUCAUUAAUAAAGAAUGAUUUUUGUAUGUGUUGUUUCAUUGUGUCUUCUUGUCAAGUGGACACCCUCAAAAGUCCAUGCUAGAAACUAAAAGAUGCUUCUUCUCUUAGAAGAUAAAAGCUAACUGUCAGUCUAGGACACAAAAUAGAAAGAUGCAGAUACUGGAUUUUCUAAGGUGAAAAAGAGAGAAGUUUAAUUCUGACUCCAACAUUUAUAGAUUUCUAAAAGUGACAGUGGAUUGGAGGGUGAAAGUGCCACCUUUCCAAUGACACUAGACAAACCAACAGUCCA